CGCGGGAACUUUCAAAGCGACUACACGUAUUUUUUCGCGCUAGUUUUGGAAAAUUAUAUUUUAUUGAGUUUUUUUAAUCAAAACUAGUAAAGAUGACGAAGAGGAGCGGGAAGAAGCGAAAAAAGAAGGAGGAAAUAUCGGAUGAUACAUCCGAUGAUAUUAAUUUUCUAGGGUCUGACUCGGAAUCGGCACCUGAGGAUGUGGAUAAGUAUAAGGCAUUUCAAAUACCAGAUUAUGUUCGGUACUAUCCUGAGGAUGGUGGAAACUUUGAAUACAUUGUAUUUAUGGAGAGUACAGAUAGUAAUAAGCCAAUCGGUGAUAGGGAUAUGAUGUCCUUAGCUACUAAUUUGAAAAAAUACAAUAAAGGAGUUAAGCAAUUAUUAAGGAUGAAUAAAUUUAAGAUCGGCGUCAUUUUUGAACGCCCCGGUUUAGCUAAUGCAGCCUUAGUUAAUAAAAAAUUUCUAGACGGAUUUAAAUUAAAGGCAAGUAUACCAGCUUCAGCCACGGAAGUAACUGGAGUAGUUCAGCAUGUUCCUACGCAUCUAUCGAACGAACAAAUAUACUCUAAUAUAACCAGCUCAAAAAAUAUUGUUUGUGUACGCAGAUUCAUGAGGCGUAUUAAAGGUGAUGAUAACACCUUUACAAUGCAGCCGACUAAAACUGUCUCCAUCACAUUUUCCUGUCCUGUACUUCCCGACACCGUUGACCUGAAUAGCUGGCGCUUUGUGGUGAGGCCUUAUAUUCCUCCUGUAAAGCAGUGUCUUAAAUGUUUAAGGUAUGGUCAUAUCGCUAAGUUCUGUAAGAACGCUGAAAGAUGCUCAGUAUGCGGAAAUAAUCAUAAUUUCAAAAAUUGUUCCGCAAAUAUUAACGAAGCCAAAUGUUGUCACUGCAAUGGUAAUCAUAUAGCCAUUUCAUCACAGUGUCCUAUUAAGAAAAAGAAAAUAGAGGAGAAUAAAAAUAAAGUACAAAGUUAUGCUGAUAUUGUUAGAGAGAAAUCAUUUCCUCAAUUAGGCAGUACCAAAACUUCACCUUCGGCACAAUUUAUAUCCCUACUUAAUUCUGACCAAAUUUUAAAUACCCUAUUAGAAUCAAUUGUUAAAAUUAUAACAUUGAAUAGAACCAAUGACAAAACAAUAUGUACAGAAAAUAUAAAACAAGUUCUCCUAGAGACAUUACAGAAUAAAAAAAACCCAGAUUAAUCCUUUUUUUAAUUUUUAAUUUUUUAUGGACAGUAUAGUAAUAGUCCAGUGGAAUGCACAAAGUUUAGUAAGUAAUCAACAAAUCUUUACACAUUUUCUAUCGGAGAACAAUAUUCAUAUUGCUCUGAUAUCAGAAACCUGGCUAAAAGCCUACUAUAAAUUAAAUAUUAAAAGCUUUAACAUUGUUAGAUUAGACUCAGGCAAUGACCAUAACGGCGUUGCAAUUUUAGUUCAUAAAAGUAUAGAAUUCAGUAAAAUUGAUACAUAUAGUGAUGAUUCCUUACAGAAUAUUGCGGUACGAUUAAAAUAUAAAAACACAGAAAUGUCAGUUGUUAGUUUUUAUAGCCCAAAUAAUUGUAGUCCACGUUUUAACAAAAAUAAAUUCAGUAAUCUUCUUAAUAGUAUUCCAGAACCCAUGUUGGUUGCUGGUGAUUUUAAUGCUCAUCACACAGCAUGGGGUUGCUCGUCUAUUAAUGCUCGUGGUCGUGACAUUCUUGAAUGUAUUGAUGGUAACAACUUGGUCAUCUUAAAUGAUGGUACACCGACUACAGUAGGAUCACACAGAUGGCAGAGUAAUGCACUUGACCUUACUAUUGCAUCCCCUUGCUUAUCUCUUGCUUCAAAUUGGAUGG